AUGGACGAGCACCGUGACAAGAAGCUGCAGAGGCUAGACAGACUCAGAAAGCAAGUUCCCUACUGCUCGCAGAAUGCAUUGUCUGCGAUUCUGACGAAUGUGGCAGAGCACGGAGUUCCAGCUCUGCAUUCCAAGAAGCAUGUCCAGGAGGCUAACCGGAGAGCCCUGGAACAGUGCAGUGGGUAUGGGCCACUCUUCAAAACUGUGAAGCUGAAGACUUUAGAAGAUCAGGAAACACCGAUCACGAUUGUGAACUUUUUUUCGCUGCUGCAAGGCAUUUAUAAGUCUGGAGGAGCAUUCGCAGAUUUGAUGAAAUCCACAAUGGCUACAGAAGGUUGCCUGCAACUGGCACUGUAUGCAGAUGAAGUGUCACCAGGUAAUGUCCUGAGCACUGCUGCUAGCCGCAAGAUUUGGACGGUUUACGCUUCUUUUGCAAACUUUCCGGCACACAUCCUGAGUAACGAAAGCUUUUGGCUUACCAUAUGUGUGCAGAGAACCGCUGUCGUGAAUACUCUCUCCGGCAAUAUGAGCCAAGUUUUCAAAGCGAUUUUGCAGGAAAUAUUCAAGAAUGAUUCCGCCAACCCAGCCCACGGGUUGCUGCUCAAGGGCAAAAGCGGCGACCACCUUCGAUUGAUCUUUCGACCAGGUUUGGUCGCACAAGACGGAUUAGCGCACAAAUACAUUUGGUCGAUCAAAGGCGACAGUGGAUCGAAGUUCUGCGUAUUGUGCAAGAAUUGUGUGGCAAUUUCACGGCCUGGGGAGUUUGACGACGAAGACAUGAACGGUGUGUGCCGAAUUUCGAUGCAUUCCGAUUUAUCUUUGGCGACGGAUGCAGAAAUCUGGGACAGUAUGGCCCGUUUGAAAGAAAAAUAUCACACCUGCAACAAAAGGACUUUUGAGAAGUGGCAACAGGCCACAGGUGUUACCUUUUCCAUGGAGGCCGUUCUGUCGCACGAGCCGUUUCGCAACAUCGUGCAGCCCGUUGCGAUGUACAUGCAUGACUGGAUGCAUUGUUGUUUGAGCAAUGGUUGCCUGUCCUUGGUGUGUUGGCUGGUGCUCAAUGUUUUGCACCAGGCUGGCUUGGCAGUUUUCAAGACAAUGCCAGGCUACUUGGGCAAGUGGUGUUUGCCGAAAGCGAUGUCCACUGUGAAGAUUGCAGAUAUGUUUUCUGCCAAGCGACUGGAUAGCUGCAAAGCUGCUGACAAGCUGAAAAGUUCUGCUUCGGAGAUGCUGACGUUUCACGUGCUCUUUGUGUACUAUCUUCGAACUUGUGUGGUGCCAUGUGGCCGGUUCCAAGUCGAAUGUGAAGCUCUCUUUGCUUUGAGUGCCAUGGUUGACCGUUUGCAGGCGGCAAGCCAAGGCCAUGUUGUUGCCCCUGCUGAGUUGAUUCGUGCUGCAAACGAGUGUUUGCAGAAGAUGAUUGAUGCGGGAUGGGGCGACUAUCUCACAAAGAAGUUUCAUUGGCUUCUCCACUUCGGAGACGAGCUCCGCCGCCACGGCAAGCUGGUGGGUUGUUUCGCGAUGGAAAGGAAGCAUAAAGCAAUCCGUGCUUUUGCAACCGCGAUUCAAGACACUCGCGACUACGAGUUGAAGGUUUACAGGGAAGUUUUGGGCCAAGAACUCUUCGAUUUAUCCCAUUGUGAUUCUUCGGAGCUGGGCAUGGGCUUGCAAAAUCCUGGCAGACCUACUCGCAAAGUGCAUCCUCUUUUGAAGCAGGUUUUCCAGCUCGGGGAUGGUGACAUGGACCACUGUCUGGUGAGCAGUUCGGUUCGCCUUGAUUCGGGUGGCUCCUGCAGCAAGGGCGAUGUAGUCUUGGUGAAACCAGCAGCUUCUGGCCGACCAUGGGAUGCUGGGCAAGUUUGGCUCCAUGUGGAAAUCAAUGGGCUGUGCUGGACUUUGGUGUCCAUGUGGCAGAUGUUGAGCUUGGAUGCCGCUACAGACAGUGCUUGCUGGAUGGAACAGGAGCAUCCCUUUUUUGUGCAGACCAAGGACAUUUCGUCAGCUGUGAUCUACACUCGAGCACGGGACGGAAUCCGAACACUCAUUCCCUAUCCCCAGCGGCAGAGAUGA